AUGUCUGGGGCUGCCUUCAAGCCUCAGCAGCAUCUCGGCGGCGCAAACAGAACUGCCGUUCUCCACACUGGCGACGGAACGCGCUGUCACCGCGACCAUUGGCUGCCUCGAAGGGCCUCCUUACGUCAGGGAGCCAAAGAGGCCAAGGGAUUCGACAAGCUACCCCACGCUACAACCUUCCCUGGAGUUCAAUACUCAACGGUCAUUUUAACGACAUAUAUACACAGAAUAUCGCCAUACAGAACCGAAAUACGCACGAUACCGUCCACAAUGGAGAAGAUCACGGACAAGGUCGCGGCCUUACCGCCCGACAGCAACUACUUCUCGCUCGAGUUCUUCCCUCCCAAGACCGCAAUGGGCUUUGCCAACCUGCGCGACCGUCUCGAACGUAUGGCCAGAGGACUUAGGCCGCUUUUCGUCAAUGUCACCUGGGGCGCCGGAGGCUCAACCGCCCAGAAGUCUCUCGAGCUUGCCGAAAUCUGCCAGCGCGAGCUCGGCCUCACAACAUGUCUCCAUCUUACAUGCACAAACAUGAGCCGCCGCUUGCUAGACAAGACUCUCGAGGACGCAAAGGUCCUCGGAAUCCGCAACAUUCUUGCUCUCAGAGGCGACCCCCCUAGGGCCGCCGAAUACCACGAUGAGAAUGACCCUGAACCUACCGAUGACGAGGAGUUUUCCUGGGCCGCCGACCUUGUCCGCUAUAUCAAGAAGAACCACGGCGACUACUUCUGCAUUGGUGUUGCCGCCUAUCCCGAGGGCCACGCAGAUCAGAGUCACCCCCGUGAGCAGAGCUUGGAGCAUGAUCUCCCUUAUCUUGUCGAAAAAGUCCAGGCCGGUGCCGAUUUUAUCAUGACACAACUCUUCUUCGACAUCGACGCUUACGAGCAUUUCGAGAAUACUCUGCGAGGCCACCCCAGUGGCGCCUUCAAGGACGUCCUUAUCAUCCCCGGCCUUAUGCCCAUCCAGAGCUACCAAAUGAUCAAGAGAACGACAAAACUCAGUCACGCCAAGAUCCCACCGGCUCUUAUGGCCCGCCUCGACGCUGUCAAGGGAGACGAUGAGAAGGUCAAGAUGGAAGGUGUUGCAAUUGUCAGCGAGAUCAUCGAGCGCAUCAAGGAGAUCAAGAGCAGGACACAUACCCCGCGAGGCUUCCACUUCUAUACCCUGAACCUGGAGAAGGCUGUCGCAUUUAUCGCUGAAGGCACGAACCUCAUUCCUCCUGGAACGCCCGAAGAGGACGAGUCUGCCAUCCUGCCGGACUUCCCUCAACUUAUGAUCAAUGGGUCUUCGGUCCCAACUCGUUCGAUUCAGGGGCUGUCCACUAGAAAAGGCUCAAUUGGCUCCGACCCGCGGGAUCGGGUUAUUGUGGCCAACCCGAGACCCUCGCACCCUGAUUACGAGGCUUCGCCUUCACAGGCCGGUCUCCUGGCAGAACCCGUCAACACCAGAGCCAACACACUGGCGAUCUCCGAAGGCGAGGGUGUCUUGGGCCGUGAAGCGACGUGGGAUGACUUCCCCAACGGUAGAUGGGGUGACGCCAGGUCUCCGGCCUACGGUCAAAUCGACGGCUACGGCGUCAGCCUGCACGUCACCGUGCCCCAGGCGCUCCAGCUGUGGGGCUCCCCCAAGACCACAGAGGAUAUCAACAACAUCCUCAUCCGUCAUCUGAAGGGUGAGCUUUCCGCCAUUCCCUGGAGCGAAGAGGGCUUCAACGCUGAGACGGAAGCCAUCCGGGACAACCUGAUCAAGCUCAACUCCAAGGGCUGGUGGUCGCUCGCCUCCCAGCCGGCCGUGAACGGCCUGCGCUCCAGCGACGGCACCUUCGGUUGGGGUCCCCACAACGGCUUCGUGUUCCAAAAAGCCUUUGUCGAGUUCUUCAUCCCCUCGGCCGACUGGCGGGCGCUCGAGGCGAAGCUGAAGCAGCCGGACAUGAAGGAUGUCGUGUGCUUCUAUGCCACCAACGCCGCAGGCGACUUUGUCAGCACCGACACGGUCAACUUCCGCGCGAGAAUGGCCGCCGAUGCGGACGGCACUACUUCGGAGGCCGACCGCAGGCCGCACGAGCCUAGCACCAACGCCGUCACCUGGGGCGUGUUCCCCGGCAAGGAGAUCCUGACGCCGACCAUCAUUGAGGAGGUCAGUUUCCGUGCUUGGAGCGAGGAGGCGUUUGGCAUCUGGAGUGAGUGGGCCAAGAUCUACGAAAAGGGAUCCGACACCCAGAAGUUGUUGGAGGACUUGAAGGAGGAUCUUUGGCUGGUUAAUGUGAUUCAUCAUGAUUAUGUUGAGAGGGACGGCCUUUGGGAGUUGUUGUUUCAGUAG